AGAGUAAAUUUUAAAAUUCAUAAGCCUUCAACUUAACAACAACACCCUCAACGAGUAUCCUUGUACGCUUGGCGUGACGACGAACGCUGUUCUGUUGACAUGGUGGUUCGGUAAAUGAAUGAACGCUGAUUAACCCAACAAACGUAUAACAUUUCAGAAUUUAUAUUGGAUCAUUGCAUCAAAGCAGUAUGGAAGAACAACCCCCAAAACAGGCACGUGGACGAGGUGGUCGCGGGGCUAUGGUUUUGCAGGCUUUGCAAGCUGCGGCUCGUCAGCCUGGCCAAAUAGCAUCGGCCUCUGCUACACAGCCAGGCCCUGCUGUUCCACCUAUUGUAAAGACUGGUGGAGCAGGUGUCCAGGUUGACAGUGAAUCAGCUUCUGAAGAUGGCAGCAGUGUUGCUUCAGGGAUUUCUCGCAAGUCCAGUGGGAGAGGAGCACUUAUAGCCCAAUCUGUCAAAAAAGGUUUAUCUGGUGAACUAGGUGGGGCCGCAGACAUUGGGCCCGAGCAAGGGAAGUUUAAUAUUGGCCGAGGUAGAGCUGAUAUAAUCAGGGCUUUAAAAUUUGCAAAUGUGACUAUGCAGCCUGGAGGAGAACCUUUAAUUCCAGAGCCAAUUGGGGAAGAUACAAAAUCAUCAGCAUUAACAGAAAGCAUGCAGGAUUUGGACAUUUCAGAUCAAGAUAGAAAUGUUGUAUGUAAAAAAGGAACUUCAGGAGCAAAAUUUUCUGGUUAUGCAAACUGGAUACCUCUGUCUUUAAAGUCCAACAUGGCUGUGUUUGAGUAUGAAGUUAAGUUCCAACCUUCAAUUGAUGCUCGAAAUCUUCGAUUCAGAAUUCUCAAUUCCCAGAAAGAUAAACUUGGUUCUGUCAAGAGUUUUGAUGGAACAAAAUUGUGGUUACCCAUAAAGUUACCAAAUGAGAUUACUGUCUUGUCUGCCACCCAACCCUUAACUGGGGAGCCAGUAACAGUUAAGAUUAUUUACAAGCUGAGAAUUGCUAUGGAUAAUUGUGUGCAGUUAUAUAAUGUACUUUUUGGGCGUAUCAUGAGGAUACUUAAAAUGGCUAAAGUUGGCAUGAAUUAUUAUUCCCCAGGAGGAUCUAUAUUAGUGCCCCAACACAAGUUAGAAAUUUGGCCAGGAUACAUAACAGCCGCUCAUUUCAUGGAAGGUGGAUUAAUGCUGAUGGUUGAUGUGUCUCACCGUACCUUGCAAACAGAAACCUGCUAUGAUGUCAUGUCUGACAUAUUUAAAUCACAGCAAGGAAAUUUCAAAGAACGUGUUUCUAAAGAAUUAGUCGGGGCUAUUGUACUAACUAGGUACAAUAACCAAACAUAUAGAAUAGACGAUAUCCUCUUUGACCAGAAUGCAGAGUCAACUUUUACUCUCAGGAGCGGUGAAGAGAUACGUUACAUUGAUUAUUACAAGAAUGUGUAUGAUAUAAAAUUGAAGGACCCAAAGCAGCCAUUACUACUACAUCGAGUUACCAAAAAAGAACUCAAGGAUAAGGGUGUUACCAAAGCUCUUUGUUUAAUGCCAGAACUGUGUUUCUUGACUGGCUUGAAUGAUGAAAUGCGUGCUGAUUUUCGAGUGAUGAAGGACAUAGCUCAGUACACAAGAGUUACACCUAGUGUACGACAGGCAUCGUUAAGAACAUUUAUUAAAAAUGUUAAUGAAAAUCCAGAAGCACGUCAGACCCUGGCAGAUUGGGGUUUGUCAUUAGAUGAGAGUCUGAUUUCAGUAGAGGGACGAGUAUUACCACCAGAAACUAUUUAUUUUGGGAGCAAAGAAGUACCUGGGAAUGAAAUGGCAGACUUCAGUCGUGAGGCGUGCAGAGAAAAGGUCAUCAUGCCGGUGGACCUUAAGCCAAAGUGUUGGGUGAUUAUGUACUUCCACAAAGAUGAACAACGCGCCAAUAAGUUUGCCGAUAUGUUACGACAAGUCACACGUUGCAUGGGUAUUCAAGUGGGAGAGCCGAACUUUGUUCGGUUACAGAACGACAGAAUAGAAACCUAUGUAAAUAGCCUGAAAAAGUUUUACCAUGACCAGUUGCAGAUAGCUGUCAUAAUCUUCCCUACUUCACGUGAUGACCGUUACUCUGCUGUGAAACGAUUAGCAUGCCUUGAGCUCAAGAUACCAACGCAGUGUAUCAUUUCCCGCACUAUCAGUCAAGAGACCAAAUUGAGAUCUGUCACUCAGAAAAUUGCUCUGCAAAUGAAUUGCAAAUUAGGGGGUGAACUGUGGGCUUUGAAGAUUCCAAUGACUGGGUUGAUGGUGUGUGGCAUUGAUGUAUAUCAUGACCCAUCAAGAAGAGGUGCCUCUGUAGUUGGUUUUGUUGCAUCCAUGAAUAAUACCCUUACUCGAUGGUUCUCCAACACCAGCUUUCAGCAUCCUGGAGAUGAAAUUGUUCAUGGUUUGAAGAUUUCCCUUCUUGAAGCACUGCGCAGAUAUCAUGGGCUUCACCAUGCUUUGCCAAGAACCAUUAUUGUGUACAGAGAUGGCGUUAGCGACGGUCAGCUCAAAUUAAUAGAGGACCAUGAGGUUCCACAAGUUGCAACGAUUUUCCAAAACUUUGAUUCAUAUGAACCGAAAUUGUCAUAUAUUGUUGUUCAGAAGAAAAUCAACACAAGGAUAUUUGCAGCCAUGAGUGCUAGAAAUUUGGACAAUCCUCCUCCAGGUUCAGUUGUAGAUCACACUAUCACAAGACGUUACUGGUAUGAUUUCCUGCUAGUGUCCCAGCAUGUGAGACAGGGAACUGUAUCUCCAACUUACUACAUAGUUGUACGAGACACCAGUAAUCUUAAGGUAGAUAAUAUGCAGAAGUUAAGCUACAAAUUGACCCAUUUGUACUAUAACUGGCCUGGUACUGUUCGUGUUCCUGCACCCUGUCAGUAUGCACACAAGUUGGCGUAUUUAAUCGGUCAGAGUGUUCGAAAAGAGCCAGGUCCAGAGUUGGCUGAUAAGCUGUACUUUCUCUGAAGAAACUAGCUUCCAAGUAAGCAUUAUCAAGGUUGAAGCCAAAGAAGGACAGGGGUGUGUGCGAUGAUAAUGAUUCAUCAGCAAGUGUGUUAACUGGCAACUUAUCAUGCUAGAAUGUUGACAAGAAGAUUAUGCAUUUGAAGAUAGAAGUCCUCAGUUUUCCAUGGGAAUGAGACUAGUGUUAUUUGCAGUUUGUCAAGUUGAUGUACACUUCUUGCAGUUAUUUAUAAGCUCCACUAUGUUAUUUACUUGUUGCUGUCAUCAUUAAUUUUCAUCUAUAAUGUACUCUACUAAUUUUACUUAUUGUUUUAGUAUCCCAUUUCAUGCAUGAUUUGCAUGGCCAUAUUUAACAAGCAAAUACCUUAAGUUUUUUAUAGCCCAAAGAAAAUUAGCAGCAACUGUUACUCAUUUGAUCAUUAUCCCUCCAGUGUUCACCAGUUCUUUAAAAUGUUAUUUGUAAUCAGAUUUUUAAGGGAGUGAAUGGUGUCUUCAUUCAUUGUUAUUGUUACCAAUGUUUGAAUAAUUUUUUAUUUUAAUUUUGCUUAAUCAUUAAAAUGCUAGUUUUUAUUUUUGUGCCACAUGAUAGCCUAGCUUUUAUUUUUGUGUCAUAUGAUAACCUUGGAAAAGACAAGAUUACUUUAAUACCAUUAAACUGUUCGUUGCUCAAGUACAUGCAGAGCCCUUAAUUUCUUCCAAGCCAACUAUGUUUUUAUGUUAUUCUUCACAGCUCGAUCCCUCAGCUUGGGUGGUGGGCACCAUGCUACAUGGGUGGGACGGUCUGGACAUGUACAUUCUUCCACUGAUCUGUCUAUGAGAUUCUAACAAAAGUUUCAGGUAUCGGUAAAUUCUCAGAUGACAUACAAAGCUUUUUUUUGUCUUUUUUUGCCUCGGCAUGAGUGGUUUUUGGACCAUUUAAAACUUGUAGAUUUUCACAAGUCUGCUAGCUUGGAGGAUUCUUUUAAAGGCAACUCAUUUCCACAGGUUUUGUCUCCAUUCCCAGUCACUACAUCUGCAGACUUUUUGUCCAUUUGAGGAAUAUAAAGAAACUUCUCUCAUGGUAUUCAAAAUGUACAAUGCUGUUUUGCCUCGACUCGAGUAACAAAUUUAUGCACCAUGAGUAAAUGUAUUCCUGAAGUUUCACUGACGCCUUCAAGUUUGAGCUUGUCUUUGGUUUUGCUUGCCCUUGCUUGACAACCUCAGUUGGUUUGCCCUUUGCCCCAGAGGUUGUAGCCAAGACUCAGUUUGUUAGAGGGAUUAUUCCCACAUAUGUUCCUUUUGAAAUCCCUACCAUACCAUCUUCGGCUUAGUAUAAGUCUGCCAUGUCGUGAAAGCUCUCUCUUCCGUCCUUGUUCUUAUACAUCAUAAAAAAAGUCCUCCCAUAGGGGAUAGUGCCAUAAAUUUACUGGACAUGAUGCACUGUAGGCAUUACUUGAGGUGUAUGCUGCAUCCCUUCAGCCUAGCUGCACCCACUUUUUAGCCUUUUACUUUACCUCAGUUAUCACUUUUUCUGCAGUCUUAAUGUCCAACUUCUUGUAGCUUAACUGCAUUGUUUGUUCCUAGUUCUACCUUUAGGUCUUUGUACUUUUAUCUUUAUUUUCAUGGUCUUUACCUUGCUUUCUAAUCACUCCUACCACCUUUUUUCACCGUCUUAAUAGCUUAAGUGCUUGAAAGUGCCUAGUUGAUGGUUUGACAGCCUAAAUUUCAUAAAUCAGUUAAAUAAAAGUCUUGUCCAAGAACUUACUAUCUUUUGGCUACAAAACUUUUUUUUCUGUGGCUUGUUUUAAGGCUCCAAGGAGGAUGUUGCUGUCCUAAAGUUGAAGCCUGUGAGGUGCACACCAUGUAAUUCUCCCAAGUUUUCAAGUUCAAUCUGGGGUUCUUUGCCCUCCUGAGGAGAAGAGACCUGAUGUCAGAAUGCUAAUUUUAUGGUUGUGGUGUCGCCCAGAAGACCUUUAAUUUGUGUUAAUUUGGAUCCAAUGUCAUUUUACUUAAUGUGAUUUAUUCCUCUAUAAUAAUCUUUAACAUGGAGACAUUCAUCUCCUGGAGUACCUGACAUUCCAGUUUUUAGUAGGGUGGUAGCCCCUCCAUCAGUUUAUUUUUCCUCUACAAACCUACGUCUUGUAAAAGUGUCCAGUAUCUACCAUUUCUUCCAUUGCAAACUCAUUACUGAUGGAAAUAAUGUUUUUGGACUUACCUUUACCAACUUCCAAGAACUUUCCAGGGUCUGGACCACGAGCAGCUAAGUGUACAUUUUGAACUCUUCUACUUCAUCUUCCCUCCUAAACAGUAAUUCAGGCUCUUAUUUUAUGAGUACGUUUGUGAUUGAACAACCCCCCCUUUUUUUUCCAUAAGUUUUUAUGCAAAUAUUUAUACAAACCUGUUCAUCAUUGGUUUUUGUACCAUCCUUGCUUCCCCCUCUCUCUUAGAUGAAUGUGACACAGAUUGAGCACUGUGGCAGAUUCCACAGGAACUAGGGAGUUGACGGCCAUGCAACUCUGGAUUUUCUUUUUGUUUGACACUGCUUCCUGUAUCUGGGUGCAUUCCACACAGAUGUUUGUGACACAUUAAUGAUUGAUGGAUUUCUAUGAAAACUUAUUUUGUUUGUAAAUUCAUAGUUUUUUGUUUCUUUGUAUUUUGCACUUUUGGUUCUUUGUAUUUUGCACUUCUCCCAGAAAGGGCUCACCUACAUGUAAUGGGAGAGGGCUGUCUCUGGUAUCAGUGGCCAUGUCCAGACAAAAUUAUGAGGAUAACAUUAAAAUCUUUUUUUAUAUGUAUAUUUCAACUUGAUCGUUGUAGUACGUAGUACCAGUGUACCGUAGCACAGGCGCAUGUUUUUCAUUCUUGUUGCUGGACAAAAACCUUGUCAGCUUUAUCAUCCCUGCUGGAAUCAGCAGACUCUCCAAAGAAUUGUAAAGUUUGUAGUAAAAAUUUAAUGCAUGUGUUUAGUUAUGCUAUGUUUUCUUACCAUAGAGCAUGUCAUUCCUUUGCGUGCUGCUCAUCCAUGCCCAUUUCAAUUCAUUGUUUUUGAAUUUUAUAGAUUCAGUCAAGUAUAUUCUUCCUAAAGCCAUUGAUAAAUUGAAAUAUUGUCUAGUCCUUCAAGUACAGAAAGGUGUGCAUGGUUUGUACUGGUAGAUAUUAAAAUUUUUAUAAAAAUUACUUUUCA